GCUCAAAGCCCCCUCCCCGCACUUGUUCUCCCCUCGUCUCCCAGUCACCUCUCUCAAAUCCGGCGACUGGACCAGCUGCUGCCGCCACCGGGAAACCUCCAACCACAGAAUAGGUCGGACGCCGCCGGCAGUGGCCACGCUGUUGCGUCGUCCAUCUUGCACGUCGCCCACAGGAGGGCGUGCACAGGACGUCUUCCUCCUCCUUACGCCGCAUCUUUGGACGAAGAAGCGUUGGUGGAGGGUGGUGGCUCCAGGGGCAGUGACCAUCGCGACGAGGCAACUCGCAGGGUACACGCAGGAGUUCUACUUCCACAACCUGCUGCUCGAAUCCUAUUCCUUCUACUGGUUCAGGAGAUACCUGACCAAGGUUUUCAUUAUUGGCCACAUUAUCUGGAUGAAGUUAAGUUAGCAACAAAGUUAGUAGGGACCCUAUCUCUCUACCGCUGGUAGCCUGCCAAGCAUUCAACAAGGAAAUCUUUGAACCUGGACAGUAUUUCUGGAUCCUCUCCUGGAAAAUAAAAAGGGCCAAGCUUAUUGCCAACCUUAUUAUUUAUAUAGAGCUGCAGAUGGCACCCAUAAAGCUUAUAAACAAGAGGACUUAUGCGGACUUCACAGAAACCCCACGGAAACCUAGAUUUAAGGAUUUCGAUAAUAUUGAGUAUGCUGAUACCUACUCAAAGUGGAGCAUUCACGUGAGGGUAGACGUGAAGUUUCUUCCUAACAAAUACAAUGACAACAUUUGCUUUGUUCUGAUGGAUAAAACUGGGGCAAAAAUAGAAGCAACCGUUUGGGGAAAUGCUGAAGUAGCGCGAUUCAACCGCAUCCUACAACUUGGUUGCAAAUAUACCAUUCAUAGAGUUAUAAUUAGUCCUAAUGCGGAAUCUGUUGAGUUUAGAGCGAUUGAACACCUGUUUGAAUGCCGUUUUGAUCGAAAGACAGUGGUUGAGCCGUCUCUGCCUAUUGAGUUCCCAAUACUCCCAAAGCAUCUGAUGCCAUUUUCAGAUGUAGCCAAGCGUCCAAAUAAAACAUUUGUAGACAUAGUUGGCAUAGUCGUUCACUGUUGUGAACUUGAACGUUUUGGGAGGUAUGGCAAGUAUAGGGAAGCUAUCUUCGCGGAUGCUUGGGGCAAUCUUAUAGCCGUUGGCAUACAGGGUUUACAGUUGAUUCAGAGCUCAUACCUAUGGUCAACGGCUGAAGGCGGCAACCCUAUUGUCAUUGCAACAAUGUUGCAGAAAGACAUUAAAUUUGGUGAUCUGAAUACAUCAGACCAUACAAACAUUGCAUUCAACCCAGCUCAUCGUGCAGCACGUCCUCUCCAGGAUAUCCGCCAAAAAAUAAUUAGUGGAGCGAUUGACAUGACCUUCGUGCAAAGGUUUGUUGAGAGAAGGUCAGCCUUUGUCGCGAUGGUGCUGGCUAAAAGAGAUGCACGCUACAGGAAGUAGAUGACGUGGGAUUGUCUGUUCGCUGCUGUAGUUUAGGGAAGCUACAUGCUAUAUGAUUUCUGUGUGUCUAUUGUAAUUUGGCGAGGAAACAGAAUCGUAUAUUGUAUUUCGUCUGUUCAAUGUAUUUGUUGUUUAAAAGAACCUAUUGUGUGAUGGCUUGCAUGUAUCAAUACUGUUUCAUUGGGGUUUAUGGCAU